AAAGUCGAUUAAUAAAAUGUCACUAUUAAUUAUUUUUUGGUUUAAAUAAUGGAUACUUUCUGAUUGUUGCAUUAAGUCAUUGAUGGGACCCAUGAGCCCACGUCUAUUUAUCACUAAAAAAAUAUUUACCACAUGCUGCGCAUUAAUAAAAAGAAACUCAUUAAUAAAUUUAUAUGCAUUGCACAAAAUGACAUUGACUCGCCGCUGGAGGCCACAUGCUGCCCAUUCUACGCCAACUUCAACAUUAUAUAUAUAUAUAUUUUUUUUAAAGGAAAACGAAGGUCUGAAUGCUAAAGUUACCUACCGUCUUCCAUCACCCUUUCCACAUCUUCCUCUCUAUCUCUGACCAUUCAUUCACACUGAAUAUACUUGCAAGAAAGCUGUGGUCGUGGUUGCAUAAGUCUGCAACUUCUGACGACCUCUAGCUUGGGGCUGAACCGGGCAGAUUCGCCUUAUGGAUACUAGAGAUCCGAAUGAAUCUGGUUCAUCUUCAUCUGCAUCUGAGAAUUAUGACGGUAUUGGGCCAAAGUCAUAUUCAUACGAUGAACUAGCAAAGGUAACUGGUCAUUUCUCGCACAAUAACCUAAUUGGUCGAGGUGGUUUUGGUCAUGUUUUUAGAGCAUCCUUAGAUGGCGAGACUCGUGCUAUCAAAAGACUUGAUUAUCCGGGUGUAGAGUCUGAAGGAGAUUUGGAAAGGGAGAUUAUGGUCGUAAAAAGCAUCAGUCACAAAAACCUCGUUGAACUGAUUGGUUACUGCAUUGAUGGAGCCAAUAGAUUGCUUAUUUUAAAGUAUUUUCCAAAUGGAUCUUUGAGAUCUAAAUUAGAUGGGAAGGAGAAUGUUUUAGACUGGAAAAAAAGAAUGAAUAUUGCUAUAGGUUCUGCAAGAGGACUGGAAUAUUUACAUGAACACUGUAAACAUAAAAUUAUACAUUUAGAUAUCAAGCCGGACAAUAUUCUUCUUGAUGAACAUUUUGAACCUAAGAUAACAGAUUUUGGACUUGCUCAUUUUUUUACGGAUGCUGCUACUCACAUAUCCAAAUCAUCAGUUAUGGGAACCCAAGUUUACGAAGAUCCACUGACGACAAAAUUAGGAAAGUAUUCUGAUAAAUCUGAUAUUUAUUCUUUUGGUGUUACACUUUUAGAGCUGAUUACCGGAAGAAAACCUUUAGAUAAUGGCAUUGAUAUUGUUACUUGGGCAAAUCUUCACAUUAGAGAGGCUUUAGAUGGAAAAUAUGCAAAUUUUGUAGAUUCCAAAAUACAAUCUUUUGAUGAUGAAGAAAUGCAUAGAAUGGUUUCUUGUAUUAAUUCUUGCUUAAAUCGACUUCCAAAAUUUCGUCCAACAAUGGAAAAGAUACGUCUAGUUCUUGAAGGAAAAUCGCUUCCAGAAGUAUUAUACGAUCACAAUUUGCAAUGCGGUAUGAUAUAUAAAGAUGAGAAUACUAUUGGGCCAAAGUCAUAUUCAUACGGUGAACUAGCAAGGGUAACUGAUCAUUUCUCGCUCAAUAACCAAAUUGGUCGAGGUAGUUUUGGUCAUGUUUUUAAGGCAUCCUUAGAUGGUGAGAUCCGUGCUAUUAAGAGACUUGAUUUUCCGGAUGUACAAUUCGAAGAAGGUUUGGAGAGGGAGAUUAUGGUCUUCAAAAGCGUCAGACACAAAAACCUCGUUGAACUGGUUGGUUACUGUAUUCAUGGAUCCAAUAGAUUGCUUAUUUCAAAGUAUUUUCCAAAUGGGUCCUUGAGAUCUAAAUUACAUGGAAGUGGGGAUGUUUUGGACUGGAAAAAAAGAAUGAAGAUCGCCAUAGGUUCUGCAAAAGGAUUGGAAUAUUUACAUGAACACUGUAAUCCUAAAAUUAUUCAUUUAAAUAUGAAACCGGAUAAUAUUUUUCUUGACGAAGAUUUUGAACCUAAGAUAACAGAUUUUGGACUUGCUCAAUUUUUUACCGACGGUGCUACUCACAUAUCCAAAUCAUCAGUUAUGGGAACCCAUGUUUAUGAAGAUCCACUAACAACAAAACUGGGGAAGUAUUCUGAUAAAUCUGAUAUUUAUUCUUUUGGAGUUACACUUUUAGAAUUGAUUAUGGGAAGAAAACCUAUAGAAAACGGCAUUGACAUUGUUACUUGGGCAAAUCGUCUAAUUAAAGAGGAGGGAAGAUAUACCAAUUUUGUAGAUUUCAAUUUACAAUCUUUUGACCGUGAACAAAUGUAUCGAAUGAUUUCUUGUGUUAAUUCUUGUCUAAAUCAAUCUCCAAAUUCUCGUCCAACAAUGAAAAAGAUACGUCUAGUUCUCGAAGAAAAAUUGCCUUCAGAGGAAUUAUACGAUCAUGAAUUGCAAUGGAGAAGCAGACGAGCCAAAACCUAGCCUCAAGCCUUUUAUCAUGGAAGAAACUAAUAAUUAUGGUAUACGAGAUCGUGGACAUGCCAGUCGACGACCAACAGAAGCAACAAGUUAUGGUUCCUCCCACAUCAUUCCAGAAACUUCAUUUGAUGAGAUGAAUAUGUUACAUUUAAUAAAAACCUUAAACAUCUCAUCUUAUUUUUAAUAGACCAGAAUUCUCCUUUAUC